AAAUGCAGAAUAAAAUAAUAAGUGUGAGGUAAAACUGGAUGAACACAAUAUAGCUACCUCCGAGAUAAAUUACUUCUGCACCUUUCUUUCGUUUCCCAUAUUUGGCAGUUGAAGUUGUAAGCUGUUACGUAAAAAAGAAGAAGAAAAAGGCAUUAGUUUAGAUACUAUCUUUUGUAAUAUUUAAUUUAGAAUUGUUGAUUGUUCGUUUUGGCUGAAAGCUAGCAAAUUGGUAGCUUUCUACCUCUGCAUUUAAAUGGUGUUCGGUUUUGGAGGGAAGUCAUAAGUCAUCACCCAUCACCAACACGAAGUCAGCUUUAAAAUUUCCAAACCCUUUCUGCUUCAAAUGUCAGCUUGAAUUAUAAGUUGCAGCCAAAGAUACAAAGUGAAGCAUGGCAGAGGAAAUACAGGAUUAUAGUAUAAAUAUACAGUAUGUGGCCCAACAAGCAACUCUCAUUCAGAAUGCCCAAGCAGUUCCUUCAAAUCCUCAAUCAACUGACAGAAAUAACGAUAAUAAUGUUGCUAAAGACUCGGAUUCAUCAAUCCACACUUUCAAGAAUUCUCAAACAGUCCCAGCAACACCGAAGUCCAUUACUCGAAGAAAUUUGCAAACCAGUUCUGUUACGACUUCAAAUCCUGAUCGGUCAGGAAAUGGCAACCCUGCUACCUGUAAAGGCGAGGUGGGUGGAUCUGAAGAUGCAAAGGUUAAAACUGAGGGUAAAGAAAGCGAAGAAAAAGGUAGGCAAUGGAGACUGCUCGUGUUUAUCGUGUUUAUGGAAUCAACUAUAUUUGUGUGCUCGCUGUGUCUUUUGAUUGCGAGCUUGAGAGUGGAUAGAUUGAAUAAUUCUGUGUUAUGGGAUCUUGGAAUUUGGAAAUGGUGUUUGUUAAUAAUAUCUAUUCUAUGUGGAAGAUUGAUUGCUUAUCUGUUAACAAAAGCUCUAUUAUUCUUGAUUUGGAUGCUUUGGCUUGAUGAGAGAGUUCUUUAUUUUGCUUAUGGAGUUAGGAAGAGUUUUAUGGUUGUCAUUUGGGUAGGUUUAGUUACUCUGGCUUGGGGUUUGUUGUGUAGCCUUGGAAUUAAGCGAAGUGAGGAUACGACCAAGAUUCUCCAUGAUGUAACUAGAGGUCUCGGUGGUUGUUUAAUUGGAGCUACUCUAUGGCUAUUCAAAACUUUGUUCGUUAAGUUAGUAGGUUCUUUGCAUGCCCAGAAAUUGUUUGACAAGAUUAAGGAAGCAAUCCGUCUUCGAAAGGCACUUCUAGCUCUUUCGGUUUCAAUCAUGGCGAUAAAUAACACUGAUAACUCCGACAAAUACAAACAAGACAGUGUUCCGAUCCGUGUCAGGAAGUUUAUUAGAUUUCUUUCAGUUACGGAUAUUGAGGACAUUGACUCUGACAUACAGAAGGUGAAAGGGAUUUCAUAUUGGCAUGAGAAAGUUUGUCGGGUUCUUUCCAAGUUGGGGAUCAAGAAGGAGACUAAUUCUGAGAAACAAGACGAGGAUAUGGUUUCAUUCAAGACUAUGAUAGAGUUGAUCAGGGCGAUUAGGGGUAAGAAACUGCUUCCUCUCACCUAUAUUCCCAAGGAUCCCAACAACAAGAAUAUUGCAGAUGAUACGACACCGAAGACGGAACAGAAGAUAGGUGGUGAUCGGCAAGGAGCAAAUUCAAUUGCCAAGCAAGACAACAAUGAUGAUGCAGGAAAAAGGACUGCUGCAGCAGCGACAACUGCUCAGGAGAUCACUGAUGAGGCUGGAGCAAAGACCGCUGCCAAUGAUAUUUUCAGUGCACUAGCAGGGUCUGAAGAUGCCAGGUAUGUGGAAUUGGAAAAGCUAUUAGAAUUUGCGAAAGAUGAUAAAGUGAAGGAGCAGUUCCAAGGUUUAGCAGAAGAAAAACAGGGAGAAACUGAAACUGAAAAUAGCAAAAUAGAAAAUAUAGAAACCGCAGGAUAUGAACAGAUUAAUACAGAACAAAAUAAGAGCGAGACGGAGGAUAAACAGAACAAUACUGAAGGGAAACAUAUCAAGAGAUCAGUUCUCAGGAACUGGGUGGUAGAUAUUUACAGGGACCAUGAUUCACUGAAUAACACUUUAGAGCAUAGCAAAACAGCAAUUGAUGAGUUGAAUGUGAUUGCUUCUGUGAUUGUGCUAGUUGUAAUCAUCGGUGUGUGGUUACUUUUCAUGGAAUUUUUAACAACAAAACUACUUGUCUUCCUAUCCUCUCAACUUCUAUUGGUGGUUUUCAUGUUUGGUAACACUGUUAAGACUGUUUUUGAGGCUGUCAUUUUCGUAUUUCUUGUCCACCCAUUUGAUGUUGGCGAUCGUUGCGUUGUCGACGGAGUCCAGAUGGUUGUUGAAGAGAUGAAUAUAUUGACUACAACUUUUUUGAGAUAUGAUGGUGAGAAGAUAUAUUAUCCAAAUACAGUUUUAGCAUUCAAACCCAUUAGUAACUUUUACAGAAGUCCUCCAUCAAUGGGCGAUUCUGUGGAAUUUGCUAUUAAUCUCCGUACUCCAACAAAAACUAUUGACAAGCUGAAAGAGGAGAUAAAGACGUACUUGAAAAGUAAUCCUAGGCGUUGGAAAGCCGAUCACAGUGUGCAAUUUAAGGAAAUUGAGGAUGUGAAUAAGAUGAAGGUAGCUCUCUAUGUUACUCAUACUAUAAACUUCCAAAAUGCUGCAAAGCGGGGGAAAAGACGAUCCGACCUUGUGCUGCAGAUGAAGGGAAUUUUUGAAGAGCUUGAGAUAGAGUACCAUCUCCUGCCUCAACAAGUUAACAUAAUAAGCUCUGGUGGAUCCAUAACCUCAGCAGUUUCACUUCCUGGAAAGCAAUCUUAUUUCUGAGCUUAAGCUUGGAUCACAAAUGAUAAGGAAAAUCAAAUAACAAUCUCAAUUGUGGAAUGCAGACUUCUGUUCGAUAUGGAAGUUUGGAAUCCCGUUGUCGGAUUAGUUGUGCAA